AGAGAACUGCAGUUACCAGAAGAAAAAUCAGGUCAAAGAAGAGGAGCGUUUCAAAACAGCCUGUUAAGCUGGCAUGGAUUAUGUUUAUAAUGUCACAGUGGUGGGGAUGGAUCUGAAACAGGACUCCGACAUCUACAAUAUGAAGGUGGAGCUGGUGCUGAAAGAAGGCACUGAUGUGGAUGUUGAGGGGAAAGUGAGACCAUUUUUGGCUCGUCCAAGUUGCAGAGAACAUUUAGGAUUGGUGAAAGGCAAGUCGUACCUCAUCAUGGGCAGAUCUGUUGACCUGCCAGAGCUCGGGGGAAGUCUGCAGUAUGUUUUUGGAGAGCAUACCUGGGUUGAAUACUGGCCUACAAGAGAAGAAAGCCAAACUCCACAACACCGGGAGCGAUACAUCGGCAUUACUGACCUCCAGAACAGCCUCUUAAAUUUUGGAUGUCUUACAUAAUCAUAUAAUACCUAUUCAUUAAUUACAGAACACUUUCAUUAAAUCUUAAAUAAUAUUGUUUGAGCCAAAAUACUUUGUUGUAAUUUCGUACAAAAAAGAAACUAAACAAAAGGGUGACUAAAUGAAACUGGAAAAUGUUA